UGUUCUAAUCCUGUAAGGGCCUUCCACAGGCCUACAAUCGUGAUCUUCAUGAAGACAAGGAACCGUUGUUUGAUAGCGUGAAGGCCAUAUUAGGAAUGCUUGAAGUUUGCACUGAGUUUGCUCAGAACAUUUCUUUUAAUUCUAAAAGAAUACAACGUUCCUUGCCAGCUGGUUAUCUGGAUGCAACGACAUUAGCGGAUUAUCUUGUGAAGAAGGGAGUUCCAUUCAGAACUUCUCAUGAGAUAGUCGGAAGGUCUGUUCAACUGUGCGUCACCAAGAACUGUCAACUAGCUGAACUUCAACUGGAUGACCUAAAAGCCGUUCAUCCAGCGUUUGAGGCUGAUGUGUACGAGUACUUGGGGGUUGAAAAUGCUGUAAACAAGUUCAUAUCUUAUGGCUCCACUGGUUCAAAUCAAGUAAAGAAGCAGCUCGAGGAUUGGCGCAACCAGCUCGGGAUCAGCUCAUAAGGAUUGGUAUGAAACAAGAAAUAAGCUCGCAAAUCAGUGCUUGCAAGUUUUGAACGUGUAUCUGAAUGUCAUGGACUUUCUUCUCUGCGUAUCAGUCCGUGCCUUGUGGGAACUGGAAUGAGUGAUACAAUUCUCAAUUGUGUUGAGUAGCCCUGAGCCCUAACGCUUAGUCACCAUUGCACCCAGCUUUGUUUUCAGCAAAGUAAUCUGAUUCUGUUCCAUGACUCCAUGUUGUGAAAAAAUGGGGAUUAAUGUAGCUCAUCUCUCCACUCGCCAGUCCAGUAAUGGUUGUAAUGCUCGUCACAAGCUAAGCUAUCAAAGAUGCUAACAAGCGACUUUUUCCGCUGCGAAUGACUCUGCACUCUUUUUUUUUUUGAUUAGGACUCUGCACUCUUUGUUGUGAGAGGUGAUCUUAAAGUUUAUUUGGAUCAGGAUGAGCAAAGAAAUUUCGAUGCACGCAUGGUGGGUACAGGUACACUUCGCUCGCCGACACCAACCGUUUCUUCGACGCGUUAAACUAAAACUAGUGUCCUUCGCUGAUCAGGUAAAAAAGUACGGUACAGUACUAGUUUUCUCUAUUGCCCAUAGUCCCAUAAGUAAGUAUACUGUUGGAAUGUUGGGAGCUGAAAAACCAGGCCAGCGCACAGAUUUCUCCAGGUCUCGUGAACCACGGACGCGGUGCGAGUUCCAGAAGAGUGCCACGAUUUACAACCACCGCCGGCACGUGUCCAUGUAGUCGGCGUACGUGUCACCCAUUUCUCUCCUCAGGGAAGCAGGACCAGUAGGACGUCGAUGUGUAGCGUAGUGACUGGCAGUGGCACCGCCUUGGGCCUCAGUCUCCAGAGUUCACCGCUUCGGCUUUUUCUGCAGCGCCCAACGUUUAUCUACGCAACCGCAACGUGUGCUGCAACGGAGGCGGCGCUGCCAUUGCAUACGUGCUCGAACUUGCUCGUGCACUCCAGCAUCUCAGCCAGCGAGAGGGGAGAGAGCGGCAGAGGAGGGAAGGAGGGAGGAAGAUGAGCGGCAGCGUGGAGACGCAGGCGCGGGCGUUCGCGGACGAGGUGCGCGGCGGCGCCCUGGAGGCGAAGAACUGGAUGCUGGACCUCGGCCACCCGCUCCUCAACCGCGUCGCCGAGAGCUUCAUCAAGGCCGCCGGGAUCGGCGCGGUCCAGGCGGUCGCGAGGGAGUCGUACUUCAUGACCAUCGAAGGCGAGGGAGGAUCGGUGUUCGGCGCCACUGGCUCUAGGAAACGCUCGUUCCCGGAUCUGAAUGGGACGAACAGUGGUAGCAAGUCGCCCGAGGCCAUGGUGAAAAACGUGAGCAAAGAGUCGUUGCAGUGGGGACUCGCGGCUGGCGUGCACUCCGGCCUGACCUACGGCCUGACGGAGGUGCGCGGGACGCACGACUGGCGGAACAGCGCCGUGGCCGGCGCCAUCACGGGCGCCGCCGUCGCGCUCACGUCGGACCGCGCCUCGCACGAGCAGGUCGUGCAGUGCGCCAUCGCCGGCGCCGCGCUCUCCACGGCCGCCAACGUGCUCUCCGGCAUAUUCUGAUUCCGUCCUGAGCCCGCCGGCCGAAGCGCAGGCGCGCCGUCGCGCUAGCUCCCAUCUUUGGUGGGUGUUGGCGGCUAGUUCUGUCCGCGCCCUCUGUUGAACGGCGUACCCUAAUGUUGCCAUCGCUAUGUUCUAGUAGCACUAGCAGCCCCCCUUCUACGAUAAUUUGGGGUGUUGCAUCAAUGUGUCAUGGAUGCUUUCAGCAACAGUAUCUCGUAAGCGGACUGCAGUAGAUGCCAUUGAUUUGUAGCGAAAAUGGCCUCUCAUGCCAUAUUUCAAUAUAAUGUUUUGUCGAUUAAUGACACACAC